CUCUGACCCAAGACAGGGAGAGCAAGGGGUGAGGGGCAGAGGGAAAAAGACUGUUUCACUUGUUGAAAAAUUCAAAUUUAUUUGGGAUUCCAGAUUUUUUUUUCUUUUUCCUUUCCUCAGAGGGAUUGUGUGUUUAAGAAUCCUGUCUUGCAUCGUAAGUCACCCUGCUAUCUACAGGUCAAUCUGUGAGGCAGGAAAUGGUGUGGCAACACUAGUAGGACGCUUAUACCAGUGCACCUUCCCAGUACAACCAGUUAAGCAAGCCCAGAGUUCAAACUGCCUGGACAGAGAUAUCAUCUGUACAGUGCUGUACAAAUUUGAGAGCUUCCAUAACUUUCUAGCAUUUUUUAAAAGGGAAGCUCUAUAUCUGAAAGGCCUGACAAGGUUUUUGUUUUUGAUUUGUUUUAUUGUCAGAAGAGUUGUUUGGGAAACUUGAAUGAACAAGGAUUGUUCUUUUUUUCUGUUUGUGACACUCCAUAUACACGUCUCUAUUGGAGAAGAAACAAAUAACCACAAAAGGAUUCUACCUGUGUUUUUUUUUAAAAGAUAAUAGAGAAACUUAUUUUAUUUUUACAUUGUUUCUUUGCUAGAAGAAUGUUGAGUCACAUGGAAGGCGUCAGUGCUGUUAUUGAGAUGUGAUGGGGACUUGCCUUGGAUAUUUUGAAAUCUAAGACUGCUCGUUGGAUACAAAGUGGAUUUAGUUUCUUCAUGGUGUAACUGCCACCCCACGUGUAUGAGACGUUGCUGCUGAAGAAAAAGGCUUGUGAUUUCCACCAGGAUCCCACCCCGGACUCCUCCCAGCUCCAUCGACCCUCGCCACACAGAAUGAUUGCCUAAGACAACAGGAUCCAAAAUAAAGGUCCACCAGCCAGUAAAUUAUGAAUGUUGAACAAGAUGACAUCGCACCCGCAGCAGACAAUGAGAGGUCCUAGGUGGAACAGGGCCUUGUCCAACCCCUUGCUUGUGCUGCUGUUGGCUCUUCAGUUGCUGGUGGUGGCUGGCCUGGUGAGAGCCCAGACCUGCCCUUCGGUAUGUUCCUGUAGCAACCAGUUCAGCAAAGUGAUUUGCACCCGACGAGGACUCAGGGAAGUGCCUGACGGCAUCUCCACCAACACCCGCUAUUUGAAUCUGCAGGAGAACCAGAUCCAGAUCAUCAAAGUGGACAGCUUCAAACACCUGCGCCACCUGGAGAUCCUGCAGCUCAGCAAGAACCACAUCCGCAACAUUGAGAUUGGGGCCUUUAAUGGGCUGGCCAGUCUCAACACCUUGGAGCUCUUUGAUAACAGACUGACCACGAUCCCCAAUGGGGCUUUCGAAUACCUCUCCAAGCUGAAGGAGCUGUGGUUGAGGAACAACCCCAUCGAGAGCAUCCCCUCCUAUGCUUUUAAUCGGGUGCCCUCCUUAAGGAGACUUGACUUGGGAGAGCUCAAGCGCCUCUCCUAUAUCUCCGAAGGGGCUUUUGAGGGCCUUUCGAACCUCAGGUACCUAAACCUGGGAAUGUGCAACCUUAGAGAGAUCCCAAACCUCACGCCUCUGGUCAAACUGGAUGAGUUGGAGCUUUCAGGCAACCAGCUUUCCAUCAUCCGACCAGGAUCCUUCCAGGGGCUGAUUCACCUGCAGAAGCUGUGGAUGAUGCAUGCCCAGAUUCAGGCCAUUGAGAGGAACUCUUUUGAUGACUUGCAGUCCUUGGUAGAGUUGAACUUAGCCCACAACAACUUGACCUUGCUCCCCCAUGACCUCUUCACGCCCCUCCACCAUCUUGAAAGGGUCCACCUGCACCACAAUCCUUGGAACUGCAACUGUGACAUCCUCUGGCUCAGCUGGUGGCUUAAAGAGAUGGUGCCUGCCAACACCAGCUGCUGUGCCCGCUGCCACUCACCUUCCAGCUUCAAGGGGCGCUAUAUUGGGGAACUGGACCAGAAUUACUUCACUUGCUAUGCUCCUGUUAUUGUGGAACCCCCUGCUGAUCUUAAUGUGACUGAGGGCAUGGCUGCAGAGCUUAAAUGCCGGGCAUCCACUGCCUUGACUUCAGUCAGCUGGAUCACGCCCAAUGGAACCAUAAUGACUCAUGGGGCGUACAAGGUUCGGAUCUCGGUCCUCAACGAUGGUACAUUAAAUUUUACCAAUGUUACUGCACAGGAUACAGGAACUUAUACAUGUAUGGUGAGCAAUUCAGCCGGAAAUACCACAGCCUCUGCCACGCUUAACGUUUCUGCCACCGAGAAUAGCACCUUUAGCUAUUUCACAACUGUUACGGUGGAAACCAUUGAGCCUUCUCAAGAUGAGGGUAGGACCACAGAGCAAAGUACGAGUCCCACCACCUCUAGUGGCUUGGAGGCUACCUACACCACAACACCCGUCACCCCCCAGAGCACCAAGUCCACAGAGAAGACUUUUACCAUCCCUGUGACAGAAGGAAGCCUAAAUGGACUGGAUGAAGUGAUGAAGACUACUAAGAUAAUCAUUGGCUGCUUUGUGGCCAUCACACUUAUGGCUGCUGUCAUGCUUAUCAUCUUCUACAAAAUGCGCAAGCAGCACCACAGGCAGAACCACCAUGCCCCCACAAGAACAAUUGAGAUUAUCAACGUGGAUGAAGAAAUCACAGGAGGUCCACCUCUGGAAAGCCACCUGACCUUGCCCCCGCUGGAGCACGAACACCUCAACCACUACAACUCCUAUAAGACUCCAUAUAACCACACAGGCAACACAAUCAAUACCAUACACAGCUCUGUGCAUGAACCUUUGUUAAUGCGGGCGACCUCAAAAGAAAAUGUACAAGAGACUCAAAUUUAAUUUCUUUCUUAAUAAAAACCUGAACAAUUCAACACAAAAGGACAUACAAAGGUGAGACAGUUGAUCAGUGAUACCAAGAACUAGGCUAUCUAUGUCUACUGUUUCAAAAAGUGUCUUUACAAAACAAAGAGUUUAUUUAUUAAAAAAAAAAAAAAAAAAAAAAAAAAAAAUCUAUUGUGAUUAAAACAAGAAAAAAUCAUGUAUUCUGCAAAAAUCCUUUUUUUUUUGUUGCACUUGAUUCUUUUUUUUUAUUUCACAACUGGAAAAUAGUGAUCCAUGGUUCUUGUAAACUCUGUGUAAAUCUUAUGUUUUAACAUACUCAUUUAGGAGCAUACCUCAGGUUUAUGCAUACCUUAAACAUUUUUCAUUAAUAUUUCUCAAAUACUAUUUUGAAGAGGUGUGGAUGCAAUAACGUUACAAUAACAAGAGAAAGAAUAUGUGCCAAAGGGAGUGUGCUAUCAAGUAGCUGCCUUCCUAUUUUGGAGUCAUAUCCAGUUGCUUGGGGAGGGAAUGGGGAUUAUUUUGGACAGUUAGUAAUAUAAGGUUUGAAAUACUUUUAUUAAUUAAUGGGUUUGGUAUACUCUGAAAUUUAGCAUCAGAGCCAUCUUUCGUAAGUUUGCAUCAUAUUAAAUUAAACUUAAUGUUUACAAUGUGUAAUAAACCACCACAAAACUCAGGUAUGAAUGAACCUGCAGUUUCAUUAGGUUUCCAAUAUAAAAUAGGAAAAACUUAGAACACCCCAUGGUAAACCUUCGAUAUGGAGAUUUGUGUACUGGAGUUUAACAAUGGUAUUUUAUUUGUUAUUCAACUUCUAUUUUUUGCCUACCAAGUCUUCUGAACUCACUGUUGGGCUGUUUAUUAAAAUUACAAUUUUAAGUUGUUUCUUUUUGAUUUUAUGAGCAGAGUUACUUCUGCACAAAAUGCUAGAUGCAAAUUACUUCAAUACGUUGACUGUCAACCCCGAUUCCCAUCUCAUUCAUGUGACCAUCCUGAAAAUUCCUCUUGAAAUUUUUGUGAACUGUGAUUUCUUCAUUCCCUGCCUCUAUCUAUAUAUUUGAAAGGAUGUUUUGAUGUUGCUCUCUAUCCUUUUCUCCCCAGAAUGGAGCUCCUAAGAGAAUAUCUUUAGGUUGUCUAGCUCUAAGCUGCUCCAUUCAGAUAUUAACUAUGAAGUAUGAAUGAAGGCCUAAUUAGGAAUAAUUCAACAAUAAAACAAUCCAAAUAUGCAUGAGAGAAUCACAUACUUUAAACACGAAACACUAUAUUUGGAGGUAAAACAAUUGUUAACACUGUUUUAGCUUGAAGACAUUCAUUACUUACAGUUGACUUACCUCAUCCAAGGUGAACAAAGGGCUGACAUUAUCUAGUAGAGCAAAUGAGUGUGUUAACAGCUGAACUUUAAAGGAACAGGUGUUAAACAGUUUCUUGUAACAGACAUCAAGUAAACACAACAGGAUGCUAACUGUCUACACAAACAAAGGAAAUGUGUCUAACUGGGGUCACAGGCCCAAGUCUUUAUUUUUAGAAAAACAUCAGGGUCUUUCAAGUGCAAACCAGGGGCCACAUUUGUAAAGAGAAUUACAAAAUGCAAUGUUCAUCUUUUUGUGAAAGGAAAAUCAAAUGUUACAAAACCGCUAACAACCUUAGGCAUGCGUUAUAUUCCUUCUUAAAUACAGUCCAUUCUCAUUAAGCUGAGAUUCAAGGGACUAGCAGAAACAUUUGUCUUGUGAGGAAUUCAUGUUAUGAGGAGUUUAUGAGAAAUAGCCAUUCAGACAAUUGUACAUUGAUAAUGUACUAUACUUUGAUAUUAAUGCAAGGGUGGUGUUACAACAAUACAAUAGGAGCAAUACUAGAUAAUAGAAAGACUAGUAAAAUGAUUUUAUUUAUGUAGUCUGUGGCCUAAAGCCUUUGGGAUAGAUUUGAAAUGGGUUGCCCCAUUUUCUAUAGUGAUGUGUGAUCCCCUACAAUCACAGGGCCACCACAAACAAUACCUGGUACAAGUGAAGCUGCCAAUUGUACCAUUGCACUUCAGUUUGCUUUUAAUAUUGUUCCUGCCGUUGAAAGCAGAAGACUUAUUCAGAAGAAAUAAAAAAUGUAUUAGCAAACCACUAUGAAUAAUUAAAACAAACUGUAAAAAAAAAAAUUAAAAAUGCAAUACUUGUGCCAAUAUGUUAAGCUUUAUACAUAAAUGCAAGGGGGCAAGCUUUAAAAAUACAUUCCACAGUAAGAAUUGUACUAACACCUGCAUGCAAAAUCUACCCUGAUCCUUUCGGCUGCUUGAAAUUCAUUCUUCAAAACAAGUUUCAAGAUAACAGUGGGGUAACGGUAAAAAUAAAAAUUUACCACUGUAAAAUUGCAGUUUUCCCAUGCUUUUCCCGUAGUUACACAAAGCAUUUUCCAUAGUUUACCGUGGUUUGCCAAGCUUUUCCCAUAGCUACACAAUGCAUUUUCCAUAGUUUAUCAUAGUUUGCCAUGCUUUUUUAAUAAUGUACCUCUUUGGGCUUUACAGUGCUUGUCCAUGUAUUACCAUGCUUUUAUUUUGUUGUGAUCCGUGAGGUUAAAAAUUUGAAUGAUCAUGCCUUAAAGGAGAAUUAGGAAGAUAGGAAGUUAUUAGCCCUCUCACCUAUUAAUGCUUUCUUCACACCUGUCUUGAAUCGGCUAAUAGGUAUUGCUUCAAGAGGCAAAUGGACAUGCACUGCUCUCCCUUUUAAUACUCUGCUCAUGCAUAAUCUUCAUUACACCAGUGCUGCUCUCAAGGACACCUGACGCCCACAGUAGAAACCUGGGGUUUACCUCACGGUCACCCAACAGUGGUUCGUAAGCAUUUUAAGACACUUUACAUAGAGUUUACCACAUUUCUAAACCACUACUCUCAAACCAUGUGUCCAUCGCUGUAUUUGGUUUUCCAUUGGAAAAGAGAUUCCUUCACCUUCGCAAGGGAAAUGCAAUUUCCUUUUUUGUAAAAAUUCUGCUCAUUUUUUUUUUUAAUGGUGAAUUUUAGUGAUGAGAUUUUGGUCUAUUGUGUCUUCUUCUGUAAAAGCAAAAGAACCCAAUAAGAAUGUUUUUUUUUUUCCACAGGGAAUGCUGUAUUAGCAGUAGAUUUAUAUUUAAAAAAUAAAUAAAU